CUCCCCCGAGGUGGGCAGGAGCCGAAGCCUGGGUGCUGCUUGCCCUCCCUUCCUUCAUUUCCCAUCGUGCUGAGGCGGGUGGUAUGGCGGAGAAGGAUGACACCGGAGUUUGACGAAGAGGUGGUUUUUGAGAACUCUCCCCUUUACCAGUACUUACAGGAUUUGGGACACACAGAUUUUGAAAUAUGUUCUUCUUUGCCACCAAAAAUAGAAAACUGCUUGCCGACAGAGGGACCUCACAAACCUCCCGCAAGAGUCCUACCAAAACAAGGCAUCCUGUUCAAGCUGGCAGAAAGCAUCAAGAGCUGGACGUUUUCUUCUCCGUACAGUAAGAAGGAUGACUUACUCCACAAGUUGGACACUGGAUUCCGACUGGACUCACUACAUAUCAUCCUGCAGCAGGAAGUCCUGCUACAAGAGGAUGUGGAGCUAAUUGAGCUACUUGAUCCCAGCAUCCUGUCUGCAGGGCAACCUCAACAGGAAAAUGGACACCUUCCAACCCUCAGCUCCCUGGCAACCCCUAAUGUUUGGGAUGCCUCGCUGCUGCUUGCCUUCAUUAGUUUGCUCAUUAUGCUUCCCACGUGGUGGAUUGUGUCUUCCUGGAUGGUAUGGGGAAUAAUUCUGUUUCUUUACGCGAUCACACGGGCUUUGAAACUAUGGAGGACAGCCAAGCUGCAAAUGACUCUGAGAAAAUAUAGGGCCCGUUUGGAAGACAUGGCAGCAAAUAGCCGAGCCUUCACUAACCUUGUGAGAAAGUCCCUGCGUCUUAUUCAAGAAACCGAAGUCAUUUCCAGGGGAUUUACUCUUUUGCUUGACAGGGUCAGUGCUGCUUGCUCAUUUAAUAAAGCUGGACAGCAUCCCAGCCAGCAUCUCAUCGGCCUUCGGAAAGCUGUCUACAGGACUGUGAGAGCCAACUUCCAGGCCGCAAGGCUAGCUACCCUGUACAUGCUGAAAAACUACCCCCUGAACUCUGAGAGUGACAAUGUUACCAACUACAUCUGUGUGGUACCUUUUAAAGAGCUGGGGCUCGGCCUCAGUGAAGAGCAGAUAUCAGAAGAGGAAGCUCGUAACUUGACAGAUGGCUUCAGCUUGCCGGCCUUGAAGGUUUUGUUCCAGCUCUGGGUGGCACAGAGUUCAGAGUUCUUCAGGCGCUUAGCCCUGUUGCUUUCUACAGCCAAUUCGCCCUCAGGGCCCCUACUCACUGAGGCACUCCUGCCUCACCGAGUUCUGUCUGACGUGACUCAAGGUCUACCUCACGCUCAUUCUGCCUGCUUGGAGGAGCUGAAGCGCAGCUAUGAGUUCUUCCGGUACUUUGAAACUCAGCAUCAGUCAGUACCGCAGCGUUCAUCCAAAACCCAGCCAAAGUCGAGAGAACUGAAUAAUGUUCACACGGCAGUGCGCAGCUUACAGCUCCACCUGAAAGCAUUGCUGAAUGAAGUAAUAAUUCUUGAAGAUGAGCUUGAGAAGCUUGUUUGCACUAAAGAGACACAAGAGCUGCUGUCAGAGGCCUAUCCGGUACUGGAGCAGAAGCUGAAGAUGAUUGAGCCCCACGUGCAGGCCAGCAACAGUUGCUGGGAGGAAGCCAUCUCCCAAGUGGAUAAACUGCUGCGGAGGAAUACAGAGAAAAAAGGCAAGCCUGAAAUAGCGUGUGAAAACCCACACUGCACUGCAGCACCCUUGGUACGACCUACUCUGCACAUUGAGGACAGAGACCCCAUCCCUGAGGAGCAGGAGCUAGAAGCUUAUGUGGAUGACAUAGACCUAGAAAGUGAGUUCCGGAAGGAGGAUUUGUACCACCUGACCCCGGAGGACAAAGAGAGGCAGAAGCGGGAGCAGGAAGAGUCCAGGAGGGUGCUGCAGGAGCUGAAGUCUGUGCUCGGAUUCAAGGCGUCAGAGGCGGAAAGGCAAAAGUGGAAGCAGCUUCUGUUUAGUGACCACGCUGUGUUGAAAUCCUUGUCUCCUGUAGACCCAGUGGAAUCUGUAAGUAAUUCAGAAACACCCAUGCAUUCAGAGACAGGAAAAGUCAAUAGGAAUGGUCCUGAAGAGGAAGGUAGUGAGCCCUCUCCACGUGACCCUGAAGGAAACAGGACUGAGUUUGUAUGUGACAGCCCUCCAGAGGAUGAAAACAAAGACACGUGUGGAAAUGAAGCCUUCCUGCGAGGAGCUGAAGAAAGAAUGUUCUACCAGUGUGAGAGCGAGGCCGAGUCUCCCCAGGCCGUUGCUGCUGCUGGGGCCGCUGCCCCUCAAACUCCCAGGGACUCGCUCCAGCUCUCCAUUAAGCAGAGGCUGGCCCGACUACAGUUGUCACCAGAAUUCACCUUCACCGCUGGCCUGGCUGCAGAGGUGGCUGCCAGGUCUCUGUCGUUCACCACCAUGCAGGAACAGACUUUCGGCGAUGAGGAGGAAGAACCAACAGUUGAAGGAAGUGAAAACGAGGUGGGAGAGAAAUAAAGACGGAGAUGAAGUGAUCUCUGGUCGGCCCUCCUACAAGUGUUUUAGCUUCCAGACUGGAAGGGAAUGAGUGUGUGUUUACUCUAUAUAAAGCUAAGUCGUUGAUUUACAGGGUGAGCACUGCUCUGAAACCUGACCUGAAAUUAGCAGACACCUGUGUAGGCAGGUCUUCUAGGGAUAGGAGAGGGAGGUGAGGGCAUUUUUUAAUAGACUGCUGUUUUAUUUAUGGCACGACUGAUAAUCUAGGCAAUUCUUUAAGUAUUUUAAUAGGAAAUGAACUUAUCAUUUUUUUGCCAAAAUUUGCUGCCAUAAGGGUAACAGGGGUGAUUCUUCUCUUGCAGAGCAUUAGAACGAGCUCUUUCUGCUGUGUCCUUGCAGUGUGUGACUGCAGCGAUCAUGUUAAUAUGUUGUUCGUAUUUUAUUUUGUUUAUACCACUCCUAAAACAAGGAUACAGGUUCUGAAUAAAAAUAUUUAAUUCCUACAA